AUGUUCUUGGCAAUUGCAACUCGAUCGGAUAUUGCCUACGCGGUGAGUUAUGCAUCACAAUUUCUGGAGGAACCGAAACGGAAUCAUUGGGCGAUAAUUAAGCAAAUCUUCAAGUACAUCAGAAGCACAAAGAGUCUAGGAAUUUACUACAAAGUUGCUGAGAGGACCGGUGAAUUGGAAGCUUUCAGCGACGCUGAUUAUGCCAGCGAUGUAACUACCCAAAGAUCAGUCAGCGGAAUCAUCCUUAGAUACAGUGGAGGAGCAGUUAUUUGGGCGAGCAGACGACAAGAGUGUGUAUCUCUCUCAACCACGGAGGUGGAAUACGUUGCCUCUACUCGCAUACGAGAGAUCGGAGAUGCCCCUUUGAAGAAAGCCUUAGAACAUCUUGGUGGCUGGCCGGCGGUGAUGGGUACGUCUUGGAGGCCACCAUCUUAUCCAUUGGAAGUUCUCCUAGGUCGUCUACGGGGCGAAUACAACAUGGGCGUCUUACUGGAGCAAUGGGUCGGUCCAGACGAUAAGAAUUCCUCAGCCAACAUCCUCCAGGCUUCGUUACCGGAAGCAGAUAGACAAGAUGCCUCGGCAAUGUACCGUAAAUUAACGUUGCAAGAAUUGCAACGAGAAGUUCCGCAGCUGCAGUGGCUCGUUUAUCUACGAGAGUUUAUUAACACGCCAAUUGAUGAAAAGGAACCAAUUGUUAUAUACGCGAUGCCUUAUUUCGUUCAAAUGGGCCGUAUUAUCUCGAGGACGGGUCAAAGAACUUUACAUAAUUAUAUUUUGUGGCGAUUCGUUAUGUCAAUUAUGCCUCAUAUGAUCGACGAGUAUCAGCAGAAACGAAUUGAAUUUCGUAAGAUCCUUGUAGGCAUUCUUAGUGAAAGAAAUAGAUGGUCACAAUGCGUUGAAUGGACUAACAAGAAACUUGGGAUGGCGGUAGGAGCUCUUUUUAUACGCGAAAAUUUUAAUCACGAAAGUAAGGAGACUGCUCUAGAAAUGAUUCGAACAAUUCGCGAAGCUUUUAAUGAAUUGCUGAUCGAAAAUCAUUGGAUGAAUGACGAGACUCGUGCGGUGGCCAAAAAAAAAGCAGAUUCGAUAAAUGAGCGAAUAGGAUAUCCCGAAUUUUUAAAAGAUUCAUUUGAGCUCUCUGAGGAAUAUAAGAUGUUAAAUAUAACAGAAAAUCGCUUUUUGGAGAAUAUCUUUGCUGUGCUCAAGUACGAUGCUCAUCACAAUUUACAAAAGUUACGAGAGCCAGUUGACAAGAACAAGUGGUCGACUGAGCCAGCUGUAGUGAACGCUUUCUACAAUCCCAACAGAAAUGAUAUCGGCACAAAUUAA